AAAGGUGACGUCAGCGGCCGGGGGGCCGCGCGCGCCGCAGUGAGUGUCCCCGCGCCGCCCGCCCGUGCGCCCCGGCUGCCCGGCCGCUCGGGUCCGCGCCGCUCCCAUGCCACGGCCGGGGUGUGAAGCGGGGCCGAGCCGGGGGAACCCAGAGCAGCCGGCCUGCAGACGCUGCCCUGUUUGACACUCGGCGCCAGGCCUCUUGGGAAGGGACCGGGGGGGUCCGCCCCCCCUCCAGGGAGGAGGCGACAGGCCGCUGCCCAGGAUGGCGCCUGUCUGGGGCACGGGCACGGCCUCUGUGGUCGGCCCCGUGGGCCUCCUCAUGGUCCUGCUGGUUGGAGGCUGCACGGCAGAAGAGCCCCCCAGGUUUGUGAAGGAGCCCAGGGACCAGAUCGGGGUGUCGGGGGGCGUGGCCUCCUUUGUGUGUCAGGCCACAGGUGAGCCCAAGCCACGGGUGACCUGGAACAAGAAGGGCAAGAAGGUCAACUCUCAGCGCUUCGAGACCAUCGAGUUCGACGAGAGUGCGGGGGCCGUGCUGCGGAUCCAGCCGCUCCGCACGCCUCGGGAUGAGAACGUGUACGAGUGUGUGGCCCAGAACGCGGUCGGGGAGAUCACCGUGCACGCCAAGCUCACCGUGCUGCGAGAGGACCAGCUGCCCGCUGGCUUCCCCAACAUCGACAUGGGCCCGCAGCUGAAGGUGGUGGAGCGCACGCGCACGGCCACCAUGCUCUGCGCGGCCAGCGGCAACCCCGACCCCGAGAUCACCUGGUUCAAGGACUUCCUGCCCGUGGACCCGGGGGCCAGCAACGGCCGCAUCAAGCAGCUGCGGUCAGGGGCCCUGCAGAUUGAGAGCAGCGAGGAGACGGACCAGGGCAAGUAUGAGUGUGUGGCCACCAACAGCGCCGGCGUCCGCUACUCCUCGCCCGCCAACCUCUACGUGCGAGAGCUUCGAGAAGUCCGCCGCGUGGCCCCUCGAUUUUCCAUCUUGCCCAUGAGCCAUGAGAUCAUGCCGGGGGGCAACGUGAACAUCACUUGCGUGGCCGUGGGCUCGCCCAUGCCCUACGUCAAGUGGAUGCAGGGCUCGGAGGACCUGACCCCCGAAGACGACAUGCCCGUGGGCAGGAACGUGCUGGAGCUCACGGACGUCAAGGACUCUGCCAACUACACAUGCGUGGCCAUGUCCAGUCUGGGGGUCAUCGAGGCCGUGGCACAGAUCACCGUGAAAUCGCUCCCCAAGGCCCCCGGGACGCCCGUGGUGACGGAGAACACGGCCACCAGCAUCACCAUCACGUGGGACUCGGGCAACCCCGAUCCCGUGUCCUACUACGUCAUCGAGUACAAGUCCAAGAGCCAGGAUGGGCCGUACCAGAUCAAGGAGGACAUCACCACCACGCGCUACAGCAUCGGCGGCCUGAGCCCCAACUCCGAGUACGAGAUCUGGGUGUCGGCGGUCAACUCCAUCGGCCAGGGCCCGCCCAGCGAGGCGGUGGUGACGCGCACGGGCGAGCAGGCGCCGGCCAGCGCCCCCCGCAACGUGCAGGCGCGCAUGCUCAGCGCCGCCACCAUGAUCGUGCAGUGGGAGGAGCCCGUGGAGCCCAACGGGCUCAUCCGCGGCUACCGCGUCUACUACACCAUGGAGCCCGAGCACCCCGUGGGCAACUGGCAGAAGCACAACGUGGACGACAGCCUGCUGACCACGGUGGGCAGCCUGCUGGAGGACGAGACCUACACGGUGCGCGUGCUGGCCUUCACAUCUGUGGGCGACGGGCCCCUCUCGGAGCCCAUCCAGGUCAAGACGCAACAGGGAGUGCCUGGACAGCCCAUGAAUUUCCGGGCUGAGGCCAAGUCCGAGACCAGCAUUGGGCUCUCGUGGAGCCCCCCGCGGCUGGAGAACAUCAUCAAGUAUGAGCUGCUAUUCAGAGAGGGGGACCACGGCAGAGAGGUGGGACGCACCUUUGACCCGGCCACGGCCUUCGUGGUGGACGACCUCAAGCCCAACACGGAGUACGCCUUCCGCCUGGCGGCGCGCUCCCCGCAGGGCCUGGGCGCCUUCACCUCAGUGGUCCGGCAGCGCACGCUGCAGUCCAAACCGUCAGCCCCCCCUCAAGAUGUUAAAUGUGUCAGCACACGCUCCACGGCCAUUUUGGUAAGUUGGCGCCCGCCGCCGCCGGACACGCACAACGGGGCCCUGGUGAGCUAUAGCGUCCGCUACCGACCGCUGGGCUCGGACGACCCGCACGCCAAGGAGGUGAACGGCAUCCCCCCGACCACCACCCAGAUCCUGCUGGAGGCGCUGGACAAGUGGACCGAGUACCGCAUCACGACCGUGGCUCACACCGAGGUGGGACCUGGGCCCGAGAGCUCGCCCGUGGUCGUCCGCACCGACGAGGACGUGCCCAGCGCGCCGCCGCGGAAGGUGGAGGCGGAGGCGCUCAAUGCCACGGCCAUCCGCGUGCUGUGGCGCUCGCCCGCGCCCGGCCGGCAGCAUGGCCAGAUCCGCGGCUACCAAGUCCACUACGUGCGCAUGGAGGGCGCCGAGGCCCGCGGGCCGCCGCGCAUCAAGGACGUCAUGUUGGCCGAUGCCCAGUGGGAGACCGAUGACACGGCCGAAUAUGAGAUGGUGAUCACAGACUUGCAGCCUGAGACCGCUUACUCUGUCACUGUGGCCGCCUACACCAUGAAAGGCGAUGGCGCUCGUAGCAAACCCAAGGUGGUGACCACCAAGGGGGCAGUGCUGGGCCGCCCCACCCUGUCGGUGACGCAGACCGCCGAGGGCAGCCUGCUGGCGCGCUGGGAGCCCCCCGCGGGCGCCGCCCGGGACCAGGUGCUGGGCUACCGGCUGCGGUUCGGCCGCGAGGACGACGCGUCCCCGCCGGCCACGCUGGACUUGGCGGCGGCCGAGGACCGCUACGAGGCGCGCGGCGUGCACCUGGGGGCCACGUACGUGUUCCGGCUGGCGGCGCGCGGCGCGGGCGGCCUGGGCCCCGAGGCGGCGGCCGCGCUGAGCCUGCCCGAGGCGGCGCCGCGGGGACCCCCGCGCGUGCUGGGCGCGGCCGGGGACGCGGCGGCGCGCACCGUGCUGCUGCGCUGGCUGCCGCCCGCGCCCGCCGAGCGCAACGGCGCCAUCGUCAAGUACACGGUGGCCGUGCGGCGCGUGGGCGGUCCGGGGCCCGCGCUGGAGACCGAGCUGCCCCCCGCCGCCGGCGGCCCGGGCGCCGAGCAGGCGCUCACGCUGCGGGAGCUGCAGCCCGACACCACCUACGACCUGCAAGUGCGCGCGCACACGCGCCGGGGGCCCGGCCCCUACAGCCCCCCGGUCCGCUACCGCACCUUCCUGCGGGACCCAGUCUCGCCCAAGAACUUCAAGGUGAAGAUGAUCAUGAAGACGUCGGUGCUGCUCAGCUGGGAGUUCCCCGACAACUACAACUCGCCCACGCCCUAUAAGAUCCAGUACAAUGGGCUCACGCUGGACGUGGACGGCCGCUCCACCAAGAAGCUCAUCACGCACCUCAAGCCCAACACCUUCUACAACUUUGUCCUCACCAACCGCGGCAGCAGCCUGGGGGGGCUGCAGCAGACCGUCACGGCCCGCACGGCCUUCAACCUGCUCAGCGGCAAGCCCAGCGUGGCACCCAAGCCCGACGCCGACGGCUUCAUCAUGGUGUACCUGCCCGACGGCCAGAGCCCCGUGCCCGUCCAGAGUUUCUUCAUCGUGAUGGUGCCGCUGCGGAAGUCUCGCAGUGGCCAGUUCCUGACCCCCCUCGGCAGCCCAGAGGACAUGGACCUGGAGGAGCUGAUCCAGGACAUCGCCCGGCUGCAGAGGCGCAGCCUGCGCCACUCACGCCAGUUGGAGGCGCCCCGGCCCUACAUCACCGCCCGCUUCUCUGCACUGCCAGCCACUUUCCACCCCGGUGACCAGAAGCAGUAUGGGGGCUUCGACAACAGGGGCCUGGAGCCCGGCCACCGCUAUGUCCUCUUCGUCCUGGCCGUGCUGCCGAAGAAUGAGCCUACCUUCGCGGCCAGUCCCUUCUCAGACCCCUUCCAGCUGGACAACCCGGACCCGCAGCCCAUUGUGGACGGUGAGGAAGGGCUGAUCUGGGUGAUUGGGCCCGUGCUGGCUGUGGUCUUCAUCAUUUGCAUCGUCAUCGCCAUCCUGCUGUACAAGAACAGCAAACCCGACAGCAAACGCAAGGACUCGGAGCCCCGCACCAAAUGCCUGCUGAACAAUGCCGACCUCGCCCCCCACCACCCUAAGGACCCCGUGGAGAUGAGACGCAUCAACUUCCAGACCCCAGAUUCGGGCCUCAGCAGCCCCCUCAGGGAGCCGGGGUUUCACUUUGAAAGCAUGCUCAGCCACCCGCCCAUCCCCAUCGCGGACAUGGCCGAGCACACUGACCGCCUCAAGGCCAACGACAGCCUCAAACUGUCCCAGGAGUAUGAGUCCAUUGACCCGGGCCAGCAGUUCACGUGGGAACACUCCAACCUGGAGGUGAACAAGCCCAAGAACCGCUACGCCAACGUCAUUGCCUACGACCACUCGCGCGUCAUCCUCCAGCCCAUUGAAGGCAUCGUGGGCAGCGAUUACAUCAACGCCAACUACGUGGACGGCUACCGGCGGCAGAAUGCAUACAUCGCCACGCAGGGCCCGCUCCCGGAGACCUUCGGGGACUUCUGGCGCAUGGUGUGGGAGCAGCGCUCGGCCACUGUGGUGAUGAUGACGCGGCUGGAGGAGAAGUCGCGGAUCAAGUGUGACCAGUACUGGCCCAACAGGGGUGCCGAGACCUAUGGCUUCAUCCAGGUCACACUGCUGGACACCAUCGAGCUGGCUACGUUCUGCGUGCGGACAUUUUCUCUGCACAAGAACGGCUCCAGUGAGAAGCGGGAGGUCCGCCAGUUCCAGUUUACAGCGUGGCCAGACCACGGGGUGCCCGAGUACCCAACGCCGUUCCUAGCUUUCUUGCGGAGAGUCAAGACUUGCAAUCCCCCAGAUGCGGGCCCCAUCGUGGUCCACUGCAGUGCUGGCGUGGGCCGCACGGGCUGCUUCAUCGUCAUCGACGCCAUGCUGGAGCGCAUCAAGCCCGAGAAGACGGUGGACGUGUACGGCCACGUGACGCUCAUGCGCUCGCAGCGCAACUACAUGGUGCAGACAGAGGACCAGUACAGCUUCAUCCACGAGGCGCUGCUGGAGGCCGUGGGCUGCGGCAACACGGAGGUGCCGGCCCGCAGCCUCUACGCCUACAUCCAGAAGCUGGCCCAGGUGGAGCCCGGCGAGCACGUCACGGGCAUGGAGCUCGAGUUUAAGCGGCUGGCCAAUUCCAAAGCCCACACCUCCCGCUUCAUCAGUGCCAAUCUGCCUUGUAACAAGUUCAAGAACCGCCUCGUCAACAUCAUGCCCUACGAGAGCACGCGGGUGUGUCUGCAGCCCAUCCGGGGCGUGGAGGGCUCUGACUACAUCAACGCCAGCUUCAUCGACGGUUACAGGCAGCAGAAGGCGUACAUCGCGACGCAAGGGCCCCUGGCCGAGACCACGGAAGACUUCUGGAGAAUGCUGUGGGAGAACAAUUCCACCAUCGUGGUCAUGCUCACCAAACUGCGGGAGAUGGGCCGGGAGAAAUGUCACCAGUACUGGCCGGCCGAGCGCUCUGCCCGCUACCAGUACUUCGUGGUGGAUCCCAUGGCUGAAUACAACAUGCCUCAGUAUAUCCUGCGGGAGUUCAAGGUCACCGACGCCCGGGACGGCCAGUCCCGGACUGUCCGGCAGUUCCAGUUCACGGACUGGCCGGAGCAGGGCGUGCCAAAGUCAGGGGAGGGCUUCAUCGACUUCAUCGGCCAGGUGCACAAGACCAAGGAGCAGUUUGGCCAGGACGGCCCCAUCUCGGUGCACUGCAGUGCCGGCGUGGGCAGGACCGGAGUCUUCAUCACGCUCAGCAUCGUGCUGGAGCGGAUGCGGUACGAGGGCGUGGUGGACAUCUUCCAGACGGUGAAGAUGCUGCGCACCCAGCGGCCUGCCAUGGUGCAGACGGAGGACGAGUACCAGUUCUGCUACCAGGCGGCAUUGGAGUACCUGGGCAGCUUCGAUCACUAUGCAACGUAAGCCAUCGCCCCGACCCAGCGGACGCCAUGCCCACGCCAGCCGGGCCCCCGGACCCCCCCGGCAGCCAAGGCAGGAGCUACACGGUCUCGGGGAAGGACGCGGGCAGCCCCACCAAGCCCCCCAAACCAGCUCCCCACGCCACCUUCAGACAUUCGGCACAUUCCUCAUUUCCUUCCAAUUUGGGGGGGCGGGGGUAAGCAAAUGCGGGUGGCAGGGGCUCAGCCCUGCACCCUCUCCGGCUGGGGAUCUGUGAACAGAACCCCCCUCCUUCCAAACUCGGUGUAACUGUAUCCAGUGAUCAUUCAUUACCCCCAACCUUUUUUUUUUUAAUAAAAAGUAUUUUUUUUUUAAAGAAACAAAGAAAAAAAAUUACAGAAAAAAAGAGAAGAAAUUUGCUGGGUCCCAGGGCGUAUUUGCAAACUGCUUCUUCCGCUUGCCCCUUGGGGUAUUGUUGAGGGGGGCCUCCCCCGACAGCUGUCCUGGGGCCUGGCUUUUAUUUUCUUUCCCCCACCCCCGCCCAUCUUCGGAAGUUGUGCCUUGCUCAACAAAAGGACACCCCAUUGCUCCCCGAGUUUUUUAUUUUUAUUUUUUUGCCUUUUGCGUUUUAAGUAUCUUCAGACAUAUCAAGGAAACGAUGUGAGGGUGAGACCAUGGGGCGGGGUGGAGGGUCUCAGGCCCACCAGCGUGAGUCUGCGCCCACUGAGGGAGCGCUGCCACCAGCCUAAACCCCCCUCCCCUCCCCGGCCCCUCCAGGAGGACAGACCCCAAAGGGGAGAGCCCUUCCUCUGCCCCCCACCUCGGCGGGCGAGAGGGGCAAGUGCUGCGCCCCGUAUCAGGGAUCCUGUUCCCCUGGGACUCUGGAGUAAAAGACGGGGACCCCCCCUCCCAGACCCUCACCCUGAGCAAGUGAGUUUUUCCUCUUUCUCCCAGAGUAAAUCUGGGGUCGCUCUGCAGUGGAGCAGCGGCGGGGGGGUCCCCACUCUGUGUAUGUAGAUAUCGACUUUGUAUUAAAAGCAGAUGGUCCGAC